AUGUGUGUCAUCUGCUUUGUGAAGGCGCUGGUGCAUGUGUUCAAGAUCUACCUGACAGCAAACUAUAGCUACAACUUCCGCAGCUGGCCAGUGGACUUUCGCUGGGAUGAUGUGCGUGAAGCUAGCGCUGGUGGCAGUAGCCAUCGUGCACUGACAUGCGCGGCAGCUGCUGCCGGAGUGUGGCUGUUGCAUGACGCAGCGCUGGGCGGGGACACACCUGGGCGACUACCACGUGGGGCUCGCAGUCAGGUGCAGUGCCUCCUGCAGCAGAUCCGUGAACUGCCCAGCCAGCUCGCCAGCUAUGCACUGGCUCACUCUCUAGGCCGCUGGCUGGUGUAUCCUGGAUCCAUGUUCCUGAUGACGCGCGCGCUGCUGCCGCUGCUACAGCAGGGCCAAGAGCGCCUGGUAGAGCGCUACCGAGGCCGGCGAGCCAAGCUGGUGGCCUGUGAUGGCAAUGAGAUUGACACCAUGUUUAUGGACCGCAGGCAGCACCCCGGCAGCCACGGCCGUGGCCUGCGCCUGGUCAUCUGCUGUGAAGGCAAUGCUGGCUUCUAUGAGAUGGGCUGUCUCUCUGCACCACUUGAGGCUGGAUACUCAGUCCUGGGCUGGAACCACCCGGGCUUCGGGGGCAGCACAGGUGCGCCUUUCCCUCAGCAUGACGCCAAUGCUAUGGAUGUGGUGGUCAAGUACGCACUGCACCGCCUCCACUUCCCCCCGGCCCGUGUGGUCGUCUACGGGUGGUCUAUCGGAGGCUUCACAGCCACAUGGGCCACCAUGACUUACCCAGAGCUAGGUGCACUGGUGCUGGAUGCCACUUUUGAUGACCUUGUACCACUUGCUUUGAAGGUCAUGCCCCACAGUUGGAAGGGGCUAGUGGUGCGCACAGUGCGGGAGCACUUUAACCUCAAUGUCGCCGAGCAGCUGUGCUGCUACCCAGGGCCCGUGCUGCUGCUCCGGCGUACACAAGAUGACGUGGUCAGCACCUCAGACCACCUGCCCACCCUACCAUCUGGUGAUGUGGAAGGUGAUGUGGAGGGCAACCGGGGCAAUGAGCUGCUGCUACAGCUGCUGCAGCACCGAUACCCAUCAGUGAUGGCCCGAGAGGGCCGCACCAUUGUGACCCGCUGGCUACGUGCCAGCAGCCUGGCACAGGAGGCCGCCUUCUAUGCCCGCUACAGGGUAGACGACGAGUGGUGCCUGGCAAUGCUGCGCUCUUACCGUGAACGUUGCCAGAAGGAGCUGGAGGGUGUGGAGGCUUGGGGACCGCAUGGACCCACUUUCCCAUGGCUUGUGGGCCGGGGCCUGAGUCGCCGGCGGCGACGACAGCUGGCACUGUUCCUGGCCCGCAAACACCUCAAGAAUGUGGAGGCAACUCACUGCAGCCCACUAGAACCGGAGGACUUCCAGCUGCCCUGGGGGCUGUCCCCAUGUAGUUAA